GUUGAACUGGGUCCGGUUCUCAAAUCCAAGAAAUUGACCUUCCGUUUCUGAUCAGUUCGCUUCUCUCCGCCGCGAUUGGGCACUUCUUCGUGAUGGCCAAUCCUGAAGGAGAAAAGCCAUCGUUCAAGCUCCAUGUGCAGAGCAUGAGUGGAGAGGAGGUCACCCUCGAAUUGCACCAGGAUGCUACGGUGAACGACUUGCGUGAAGCCAUCCGCUCGAAGAUGGAUGCUGGAGGGUCGGGCUUCCGCUUGAUCUCGGGAAGUCGAUGCUUGGAGGCGCCCAGCGAGAAGCUGACGAGCCUCGAGGUGGAGGAUGGUUCCACCAUCAUUAUGAUGAAGGAGCGCUCUUGCGACUACACUUGCCUGGGAGAAGCGCAGAAGGCCGUGGUGAAAUGCGGUCAGUAUCCCAACGGGCUGGUGUAUCACGGCGACAGGCUGCUGGUUGCGACCUACUUUGGCAUCCUUGAGGUCUACAGCUCAGAGCUCAAGCUGAUCCACAAGGAAAAGCUGGAUGUCCAGGGUCAUCCCAGCCAGAUCUGCAUGGCAGGCGGAUCCUUGGUCGUGGCCAGUCGAGACAGAGGUGGAGUGGUGAUCUUCGAGCCCGUGGACGGCUUUCCUUUCGGACGCGGGUCCCGUGAUCGGUGGGCCAGAGGGGUUCCGGGUGCCAGGGGGGCUUUGGGGAGGGGUUCUGCAGGAAUGGGCUGGAACACGGCGGAGCACGUGCAUUCAAAAGACAUUACUGUUACAAUGAAGCAGGAGAACUGCAGGGCGCAAGCUCGCUUGAAAUGUUCUUGUUCUUUUGAGCUACGACCAAAAAAUACUCCCGGCUGGUUGCUUCAGUGGGGAUUGCAAAGGCAGAACAUGAUGAUAUAUGAUGACAUAUGAUGACCUAUAUUAUAUAACCCAAGAGAACUUACAAUCCCAUGGCCAGUUCGCUCCCAUUUCGCUCCACCGAUUCUGCAGCAGUUUUCGUGACGAACCCGACUUGAACCCAUGUGCGGCAUGCGACCUCGACUCGAUCGUCGUCCGGGGUGGAAAUUCAUUCGAAAGGCCACGUCCAUUCAUCGAAUGAUUGGACUUGAAAGACCCACUUCGCUUAUUCCAACAUACCAGCCUUGUUCCAUGUUGCUUUCACCUACGCCAUUUCGCGUCCGUUCGGCUCGUCCGGAGCUUCGUGUUCAGCUCUUUGGCAGCCAGACCCGGGUCUAUCCACGUCCGAUCCGCCACUCACAGGAUUCUAUGUAACCCGUCGGGUGUGGCGGUCAGUGGAGACCGCGCGCCUUGGUGGAGACAGGAGACUCGACCGCGCGCGGGCCGACCGCGAGGCGGACCGCGUGCGUUGCUGGUUGGAGGUCUUUGUCUCCGAGUAUGGCUACCUGAGCACUUUCCGCCUCAGCCGCCCGGACGAAGCGCUGGCUUCUCAGUUGCCAUGUGUGUAUCCACCGUACCUGUAUUUGUGGUGGCCCAC